UGUUGCCACUAGAAUUAACAAACGAGAUACUUUGUGUCUGCCACGUAUUCGGGUAUUUUGUAGUGGGUAGAGACUGCAUUUUUGUAACUCAGUCGGCAUAAUUUCAUGCAUAUAUUGCUUCUUAAAUUCUGAAAUGUUACUCAGUUUUUUAAGUUGUUUUUGUACAUCACUCUUCUUGUAUGUGAGGGGAGCAAAGCUGCCAGAGCCGGAGGUGAAAAUUGAAGUUUUGCACAAACCUUUUCUAUGUCAGCGCAAGUCCAAGUAUGGAGAUAUGCUUCUGGUGCACUACGAGGGAUUGCUGGAGAGCAAUGGCACUAUGUUUCAUUCCAGCCGUACCAAUGGCGAGAACCCGGUGUGGUUCACUUUGGGGAACCGAGAGGUGAUCAAGGGCUGGGACAAGGGUCUGCAGAACAUGUGCGCAGGAGAACGGAGGAAACUGACUGUUCCCCCCACUCUGGCCUAUGGGAAGGAGGGAAAAGGAAAAAUCCCCCCUGACAGCACACUGAUCUUCGACAUAGAGGUCAUGGAGAUCAGAAAUGGUCCCAGAUCUCAUGAGUCUUUCCAGGAAAUGGAUCUGAACGAUGACUGGAAGCUCUCCAAAGACGAGGUGAAGGAAUAUCUGCGGAAAGAGUUUGAGAAACAUGGCUAUUCUGCCAAUGAUACACACCAUGAGGAAAUGGUAGAAGAUAUUUUUAAGAAUGAGGAUGAAGAUGAGGAUGGAUAUAUAUCUGCCAGAGAAUUUACUUUCCAACAUGAUGAACUAUAGCUAUACACCAAGUAGGGCUGCACGAUAUAUCAUAAAUUUAUCGUCAUCGAGAUAUGAACAUUAGAGAUAAACGCAUCACAAAAGACUGCUUGAACUGUGAUGAAUAGUAUUUAUUUAAAUUGAUGCUCUGUUAAAUCGAUUGGCUGUUCAUGUGCAAUAAAAGCAUGUUGGAAAUAAUAUAUGUAAUUGUUGAAUAUCGUCAUCGCAUAUUGCAUAUUUUCCUCAUAUGGUGCGGCCCUAACACCAAGAGACUCAAUACCUCAGUGCCAGAAAGUCAGCCCCUGGCAAAAUGUAGUUUCUUUCAAUGUAAAAACAUGCUCAUUUAGGAAAUUAGACCUGAAAAUGUGAUAUGUUGCUUGACUACAUUUUAAUGCAGUAUUUUAAGCCGUAAAAGUGUAGAAGUUCCUUAAAGGUCACCACUUCAAUUUUGGAAGCAUUGUUACAUUUUAAAGAUUUUUGUGCAUAAGACUUUGGUAGCUUUUCCACCCUAGACCAGGGGUCAGCCGAAGGGUGUGCUGGUUUUUUGUUUUCGCCUUAAUACCAGCAACUGAUUCAGACCCAAGAAACCAGGUGAGGCGAGUUAACUGUGUAAUCCACUGCUUUAAUCGAUCAAUUAAAUGCUGAGUAACGACAAAAGCCAGCACACCCUGCGGCUCUCCAGGACCAGGGUUGCGGACCCCUGCCCUAGACAAACAUGGAUUUAUGUCAGAUGUCAACAUUGUUGUACAAUCAAAUUUUUAUACAUUUUGUAAUAAGAUGGAACAUUAAAGUUAAUAUUUAAUAUGAA